AUGCCAUCCAAUGUGUUGAUUGAACCCAAGCCAACAUCCAAACUGUCAAAAUCAUCGACAACAAGCAGGAAAUUCAGACUGUUUAAGAACCAUUCCAGAAGAAAACGGCCAAGAAGUGUCGAGACAAUCAAGCACCCGUCAAAUGAACAUGAUCAAGACUUGAAGAGGCAUUUAAGAUUGCGAAUAACAAUAGCUCAGGCAAGACAUAUCGCCCCAGAUUUGGAUACCUUUGUCAUUGUGCGAUGUUUGAAGCAUAGCCACAGAACACAUGUUGUCAGAAACUCAACAGAGCCUACUUGGUCUUGUUCAUUCGAUGUUCCAAUCAACAGCAUUACCAAAAGAAAGCAAUGGCGUCGAGGUAUCACCAUUAUUUUAUGUUCAAAGGAUAGAUUCAGAUCUCAGUUUCUCGGUCAAAUUCACUUGCCGUUUCCUGCUACUAAAGAGGAAGCGACGGCGGCUCUUUUCUAUGAUGAUGUUUACAAUACUUCCAACUGGCGCCCCGUCCAUCCCACCCAAAAUCAGCAGAGAAAACUAUCACUAUCCAGCACACCAAGACGAAGAGCCUUUUCAGAGUCUCUGGGCAGCGAAAUCAAUGUCAAAACUGGCCUUAUCCUGGAAGGCUUUGAAAAUGAUCAUUCGCAGGUGAAAAAUCAGAGAAUCAAGCAGGUUUGGAGGAAGCUUACCCAACAUCAUCAUAACCAACCAUCAAGCAACAUGACCAGCUCUGCUCCAACAACACCGGCAGUCAGAUCUGCCUCUUCUCUGCCGCCUGAAUAUGGAGGCUACAUAUCCAAGAGCAGCAGCAGCGGUACAAACACUCCCUCAGAUUACUUUAGCAGACAGCGACACUCACGACAAGCAUCCACGGAUGCCUUCCUAAGCUCUGCUGUCUCGACUCCACAAACCAUGUCGGAUUCAAGCUCUCGGAAACGACUGACUGCUCGCAGAAAGAAGAAGCAUGGCAUUGAGGGCAAAUUUCACCAGGAUGUAAUGGGUGUCACCUUUCUGGAGGUUUGCCAUGCAAAAGAUUUGCCGCCAGAGAGAAACUUGGCCCGUACUGGCUUUGAUAUGGAUCCGUUUGUUGUGGUUUCGUACGGCACAUCCACAUUUCGAACAAGUGCUGUACGACACAAUUUGAAUCCAGUGUGGAACGAGAAAUUAUUCUUCCACGUUCGACACCACGAAGCCAACUUCCACUUGAAAUUUACAGUGUACGAUAGAGAAAAGUUCUCGGGAAACGAUCUCGUUGCAUGGUGUCAGGUGCCGAUUCAAAAUAUCAUCAAACAGCACAAAGAGAUGCACUUUGCUGAUAAUCAAGAGGAAGAGGAAGAAGGUAUCGACAUGAUUGAAAAGGAAAUGGACCGCCUCACAUUUCCACUGCAGAUGGUGAACCCAGACAAAUGGAAAAACAAGCGGCCUACACUAACCAUUCGUGCAAAAUUCAUGCCGUAUGAGGAAAUUCGGAAAAUGUUCUGGCUCUCUUUGGCGAAGGCUUACGAUGCUGAACAUACCGGCACCUUGAGUCGAUUGCAAGUGCAAUCUAUGCUGGAGACCAUUGGAUCAACCAUCACUGAGGCCACCAUUGAUAAGUUUUGGUCAAACAACGGAAAAGACCCCAAGAAUGAGGCUCAAGAGAUCACACUGGAAGAGCUGGUCAAUAGUUUGGAAAACUACAUGAAGGCUGAAGCAGAGUACAAUGACAACUGGUCCAGUCCCUCUUUGACCCCAUCAGCUAGUGGCGAUAAUAUGGAGACGCUUGGCUUGGAUAUGAUGCGAAUGACUAUGAAGCAGGACGAAGAUGAAGAAGAUGAAGACGAGGAAGAUGAUGAAGAAGAUGAAGAUGAAGAGGAUGAAGAAGAUUGGAAUGGGAUUGAAGAAGAAGAAGAAGAAGAAGAAGAUGACGACCAGUUGCCUUUUGGCGUAUUGAAUCCUGAAAUAUUUGACUACUCAUCUAUGCCUACAACACCUGCUACGGGGGAACAACAGCAGCAACAAUUAACCGACGUUGAUCUGGCAGAAGCUUUGAUAAAAGAAGAGAAUAGCAUGAUGAAACGACUGCCUACAACAUCCAAUGGUAGCAGCAUGUUAAGGCAACACUUUCCUUCACAUCGUCGCACAGCAGUAGAAAAAGUCAUCCGCCUCAAGGAAUGUCCUAUUUGCCACCGUCCUAAUCUUGGCAGAAGAUCUCAAAUGGAUAUCAUCACGCACAUAGCCACCUGUGCAGCAAAUGACUGGACAACGGUAGACCGAUUUUUAAUGGGGAACUUUUUGACAGAGGCUUAUGCCCAAAGAAGAUGGUUUGUCAAGCUUGUUCGCAAGGUUGGUUAUGGAAAGUACUCCCUUGGCAGAGACAAUGCCAACAUUAUCAUUCAGGACAGACGAACAGGCCAACUAAUUGAGGAGAAGAUGAGCGUCUACGUACGACUUGGCAUGCGACUCGUGUACAAAGGCAUGAAGACCAGCAUUCAGUCCAAAGGUGCUCAGCGUAUCUUGACCAAUUUGACACUCAAGCAAGGUCGCCGCUUUGAUUCACCCAAUUCGGCAAGAGAAAUCCCUGGUUUUAUCAAAUUUCACAAAAUUCAGUUGCAUGAAGUGUGGAAACCAGUGUCCAGUUUCAAGACGUUCAACGAGUUCUUUUAUCGCAAGCUGAAGCCAGGCGCCAGACCAACUGAUUCACCUGAAGAUCCAACAGUGGCUGUCAGUCCUGCAGAUAGCCGAAUGACAGCAUUUGAUUCAGUAUCAGAGGCAACUCGUUUGUGGAUCAAGGGCAUUGAGUUUAGUCUCAAGAAACUGUUGGGCGAUCCAUGCGGUGCCAAGGAGUUGCAGGGAGGUCCACUUGCUGUGUUUCGAUUGGCACCUCAGGAUUAUCAUCGCUUUCAUUCACCUGUGGAUGGCGUUGUGACAAAGGUUAAGCAUAUUUCAGGGCAGUACUAUACCGUCAAUCCCAUGGCCAUUAGGACAACUAUCGAUGUAUUUGGCGAGAAUGCUCGCACCAUUGUUUGGAUGGACUCCAAACAAUUUGGCAAAGUCGCCGUUGUUUGUGUGGGUGCCAUGUUGGUUGGAUCUAUUAUUAUCACUGCAAAAGUGGGUAGUGAGCUGAAGAGGGCUGAUGAAAUGGGCUACUUUGCGUUUGGUGGAUCCACUUUGGUGGUAGUGUUUGAAAAGGGGAAAAUGAAUUUUGACCGGGAUUUGCUGGGGAAUUCAGACAGAACAGUAGAAACACUGGUUCAAGUCGGCAAUCAUAUUGGCAGAUUGCCGCCGCAAUAA